AUGUGGUGGAAGUGGCGAGAGUGUGGUAUUGUUAGCGACCUGGAUAACAAAGAAACUGAGGACAGCCCCGAUUCGAAGAGGUUUACUUUCGACUACUCUUUCUGGAGUCAUGAUGGAUUUAAAGCAGACUCUCCCACUGGGGCCUUCGUUCCGGACGGGCCCUCAUCGCGAUACGCUGACCAACAAAGUGUGUUCCAAGCUGUAGGGGUUGAUGUGCUGCAUAACGCGUGGGAGGGAUACCAUUGUUGCCUUUUCGCGUACGGGCAAACAGGGUCUGGUAAAAGCUACAGCAUGCUGGGGUACGGCCCGAACCGGGGUAUAGUGCCUAUUGCUUGCGAAGAGCUGUUUAGGAGGAUCGAUAAGACCUCUUCAGAAGCACUGAAAUUCGAGGUGUCAGUUACCAUGUUGGAGAUCUAUAAUGAGAACGUACAGGACCUGCUGGUACACCCUAGAGAUCGGCCAAAGAAGGGCUUACUCAUUCGAGAGAGCAAGCAGGCCGGCGUAUUUGUCGAAGGAGUGUCGUCGAGGCCUGUGGAGUCCUUUUCUGAUAUAGUAGAAGUAGUGGAGGAGGGGACUAGUAAUCGUAGUAUAGGCGCUACGUUGAUGAACGCGACCAGCAGUAGAGCUCAUACUGUGAUCGCUAUAGAAUUCAGAUCAGCAUUAUGGGGGGAGAGGAGGGGGGUGAGGAUGAGCAAGAUUAACUUGGUGGACCUUGCUGGGUCGGAGAAAGCUGGUCACACCGGGGCGAGAGGGGACAGGCUAAAGGAGGGGUGUGCGAUUAACAAGUCACUGAGCGCACUAGGAAAUGUUAUAUCGGCGUUAGCAGACAAGUCAACGGGUAAGGCCAAGCCGGGGACGGUGAUACCGUAUAGGGACAGUAAGCUGACGAGGCUGUUGCAGAAUGCCCUUGGGGGCUCAAGUAAGACGGUUAUGAUAUGCGCCAUCAGCCCCGCUAGUGCCAACUACGAGGAGAGUCUGUCGACACUGAGGUACGCUGAUCGCGCUAAGAAGAUUAAGAAUGCAGCUGUUGUGAAUGAGGACCCCCAAGAUAAGUUGAUCCGGCAGCUCCGGGAAGAGAACGAAAAGCUGAAGGCCUUGCUGAUGGGGGGAGAGGGUAAGCUGAGUAGAUCUGGCACGCUUGGGUCGAUGAAUGAGGAGGAUAGAGAGGCUUAUGAGAGAGAGAAAGAGGACCUCAAGAGGAGCCACGAAAAGGAGAUACAUGCUAUGGAGGUGGCGUUGAAGGAAAUGCAGCGAUCUUGGGAGGAGAGGUUGGCAGAGGCUAAUAGGAGUAGUAGACGAGAGCACCUCUCUAAGGGAAGUGGGGAGGGUCUGCUUGAUCUCACGCAACCUCACUUAACCAACCUCAAUGAGGACUCUAUGUUGACGGGGAAAGUCUUUUACGCCUUUACUGAUGGAGACAACUGGUUUGGUGGGAAGAAGAGGAGGGGGAGUAUAGAGAGCUCAGAGGGGGAUGAUGAGGAUCUCCGAGGGCCGGCGAAGUAUCUUCUAACAGGUGCUGGCUUCGUGCAUAGAUACCUCGUGUGCAUCACUGUGAGGGACGGAGAGGCAACCAUAAGGGCUGAUAAAGAGGCCUAUGCUGGCCAGGCGUUUUGCUAUCUCAAUGGUGAUGUGAUUCCGCAUGGGGAUCCCCUCCCAUUACACCAUGGAGACCGCGUCGUCCUAGGUCGUCAGAAUAACUACAACUUCGUAUAUGUGGACCCUAGGGAGGGGAGUGGGCAGGAGUUGAUAGAGCAUGGCGAGGUGAGCUAUGAGGAUUGCAUGGAGGAGUUGGCGGCCAAGCAAGGUGAUGUAAGCAGUGGGUACAUGAGGAGGAGAAGUGUGGCUGAGGCCGAGACGACGGAGAGGAAACGACAGGAAGAAUACGAGAUGUCGAUACGGGAGGCUGAAGAGGCGAGGGCGAAGGCUGAUGCUGAGGCUAAGGCAAGGGAGGAGGAAUAUGAGGCUAGGCUGCAGGAAAUGCAGUCGCAGAAGGGGGGAGAGGAAGAGUUGCAGAGGUUGAGGAGGCAGUUGAAGUCUGAGAGGAAGGAGGCGGAGAGGGAGAGAGAGGCUAUGCUGAGGAAACAAAAGGAGUUGGAGGAGGCAGAGAUGAAGACUGUUAUACAAGGCAAACAGACAACCGCACUGUUAUACAGAUGA